AUGCCUUCCCUGUGGAAAGAAAUCGUCCUGGAGACCCUCCUGGGAUAUGUUUCUUGGUCUCUCUACCAUGACCUGGGACCGAUGAUCUAUUAUUUUCCUCUGCAAACACUAGAACUUACUGGGCUUGAAGUUUUCAGUAUAGCAUACCUUUCUCCUAUAUUUCUAACAAUUACUCCUUUCUGGAAAUUGGUUAACAAGAAGUGGAUGCUAGCCCUGUUCCGGAUAAUUACUGUUGGUAGCAUAACCUCCUUCCAGGCUCCAAAUGCAAGACUUCGGCUCAUGAUCCUUGCCCUUGGUGUAUCUUCCUCACUGAUGGUGCAAGCUGUAACUUGGUGGUCAGGAAGUGGUCUCCAAAGGUACCUCAGAAUCUGGGGAUUCAUUUUAGGACAGAUUCUUCUUCUUGUUCUCCGCAUAUGGUACACUUCUCUAAACCCAAUCUGGAGUUAUCAGAUGCCCAACAGAGUAAUCCUGACGUUAAGCACCAUAGCCACACUUGAUCGUAUUUGCACAGACGGUGACUGCAGUAAACCCGAAGGAAAGAAUGGCGGGGCAGCCAAAGGGAUGGCCUCUAGACCUAACUGGCUGUUGACAGGAGCUGCCUUUGGUAGCCUUAUGUUCCUCACUCACUGGAUAUUUGGAGAAGUCUCUCUUGUUUCCAGAUGGGCAGUGAGUGGACAUCCAAAUCCAGGGCCAGAUCCUAACCCAUUCGGAGGUGCAAUUCUGCUUGGCUUGGUGAGUGGAUUGAUGCUUUCAGUUUGUUCAUGGUUUCCUGGUUCCAGUUUAAUCUGGUGGGUUACAGGAGCGGCUUCAGCUGCAGGUCUCCUUUACCUGCCCACGUGGACAGCCGCUAUUUCUGGCUGUGUGCUUGCCAUCUUCACAGCGUCCCUGUGGCCUCAAGUGCUUGGACACCUUGUUAGCUCAGGGACAAGCCCUGGGAAAACCAUGACCAUUGCCAUGAUAUUUUAUCUUCUAGAAAUAUUUUUCUGUGCAUGGUGCACAGCUUUUAAGUUUGUCCCAGGAGGUGUCUACACUAGAGAAAGAUCUGAUGUUCUCUUGGGGACAAUGAUGCUAAUUAUUGGGCUGAAUGUGGUAAUUGGUCCUAAGAAAAGCCUUGACUUUCUUCAAACAAAAAAUUGUUCUAAAAUGCUUUUCAGGAUGAGUGAAAAAUACAUGACACUUCUCUUGUGGCUGCUUGUUGGUGUGGGGUUGUUGGGAUUAGGACUACGGCAAAAAACCUAUGAGAGGAAAUUGAGCAAAGAGGCACCAGCCAAAGAGGUCUCUGUUGCCAUCUGGCCUUUCAGGUUUGGAUAUGACAAUGAAGGGUGGUCUAGUCUAGAAAGAUCAGCUCAACUGCUCAAUCACACAGGUGCAGAUUUCAUAACAAUUUUGGAGAGUGAUGCUUCUAAGCCCUAUAUGGGAAACAAUGAUUUAACCAUGUGGCUAGGGGAGAAGUUGGGUUUCUAUACUGAUUUUGGCCCAAGCACAAGGGAUCACACUUGGGGGAUAAUGGUUCUGUCAAGAUACCCAAUUGUGAAAUCGGAGCACCACCUGCUUCCGUCACCAGAGGGCGAGAUUGCACCGGCCAUAACCCUGACUGUUGCCAUCGCAGAGAAACUGGUGGAUUUUGUUGUGACACACUUUGGGAAUUAUGAGGAUGACUUGGACAGGAAACUUCAGGCUAUUGCUGUUUCAAAGCUAUUGAAAAAUAGCUCUAAUCAAGUGAUAUUUCUGGGAUAUAUCACCUCAGCGCCUGGUUCCAGAGAUUAUCUACAGCUAAUUGAACAUGGCAAUGUGAAGGAUAUCGACAGCACAGAUUAUGACAGAUGGUGUGAAUAUAUUAUGUAUCGAGGGCUGAUCAGGUUAGGGUAUGCAAGAAUCUCCCAUGCUGAACUUAGUGACUCUGAAAUUCAGAUGGCCAAAUUUAGCAUCCCUGAUGAUCUCGUUAAUUACAGAGACAACCAGAAAGUGGUCAUUGACCCCAGAGAAGUUCCUGAGAAAAUUCAUUUCAAUCCCAGAUUUGGAUCCUACAAAGAAGGCCACAAUCAUGAGAACAACCAUCAUUUCCAUAUGAGUACUCCCAAAUACUUUUUAUGA